AUGGAGACGGCUUCGGAGGACUCUCCCGGGCAGAAGAGUCCCAGCUCGAAAAGGGCACGCGUGAACUUGGCGUGCAAGAGAUGCAAGCACAGGAAGCAACGGUGUGAUGGUUCGCAGCCUCAGUGUACUUCCUGUCGGAAGGUUAAGGUAGAUUGUGUUUACGAACGUGUGCUUCGCCCCCAGUAUCCGGGUGGGAAAACCCAAUAUAUUGGUGCGCUGGAGGAGAGGGUAGCGUUCCUCGAAUCGCGCUUACCCGAAUACGGGCGAGACCACUAUACGGCCCCUAGCCGCUUAGAAGACCGUCAUGACCAGCUGCCAACAACACAACCAGGAGAGCAAAGAGACUCCAAGUUGGUUGAUGGUGUCGCAUACCUGUCCCUUUGCGCAUCAGGUGCCACAGACGCAGAACCGGAACCUUUCUAUGUGGGAAAUAGCUCCGGAGCUACGGUGGCCAGGUUGCUUCAAGCAUCCAUAUUCCGGCCGCUCAAGGACAGUGAUGAUGGUCUGCUUAACCACGCCUCUGCCAUGGGGGUGCUCCGGCCAAACAGCGCACACGCAACGGACAAGUGUCCCAGCGCCGAAGCAUUCGCAAUGCCCGUUGGCGGGGAGGCCGCGCACCUUUUCCACGUCUUCUUCGAGAGAAUGCAUACACGGUGGCCUGUUCUAGACCGCAAACUCUACGCUGCACUUUUUCAAGCGCAGCUCGCAGAUCCAGGCUCUCUCACCAUCGUACAGCGAAGCAUCUUCCACCUGUUGUUUGCGAUCACUGCCCGUUUUCUACAUCUCAUGAAAAAGCCCAGUUCUGUUGAUCCGGAGGCCCAGCUACUCGCGGCCAUUGAACCGAUGGAAUAUAUCUUGGAGCAGCGCAACAUCUCGACUCUGCAGUUCCUUUGCUUGCUCGUCGUUUACGGUCAUCGAGCGCCUUACGGAGGUGGGACAUGGUCGCAAAUCCGCUAUGCUAUGACUCUUGCGAUGGAGCUGGGUUUGCAUCGGAAACGGCGCUCCUUAUCAGCCUCAAGUACACGUGAUACCGAGAUUCGGUCAAGAGUCUUCUGGGCUCUUUAUUGCUUAGAUCGCAUGUCAAGUACCACACUAGGACGUCCAUUCGCAAUCAGCGAUCGAGAGGUAGAUGCAGACUUACCAGUCAGCAAUGUAGCUACUUUCGAUCUCACCAACCUCACGGACGAGCAUCAUAUUGACCAUGGGUGGUCCAACGUCGUGCCUUUCCUGCACAUCGUUCGGUUACGUCGCAUUCAAUCUCGUGUGCAAGGCUUCCUGUUCCGCUGCGACAAGGACGUUCUUGCCGCCGUCUCUUCGAACGACAGUGGGACGAAUGCCAAGCUUAACAGCAUGCUCAUGGAUAUGGACGCUUGGAGAGACGAUAUUCCUCAGCCGUCAAUCCAGUCAGAAACGGCAAGGUGGAUGGUUGAUCCUGAAGCCGCAUACCACGAUUCCAGGGAGUAUUUCGACCUGCAAUACCACAAAACGCUCCUAAGCAUAUUCGUGGCCCUGUUGCCGAACUUGCAAGCGGACGAUCACCGAUUCUCUGCCGGCUUGCGGUCGGCCUCCGCUGUGUGCAAGACGUACAAGAAGCUGAAUCAGCAACGAAUACUCAGCUACACCAUAACGGCGCUGCAUUCCUGCUUCGUAGCUGGGCUGACCCUGGUGUAUUGCCUGUGGCGCGAGAGAAGUCUCUUCGACUAUGAUGCAAUGGAAGCAAUCCAGGCCUGCACUCAGAUCUGUACGAUUUUCGGCGAGAAAUGGCCUGGUGCUGUAAAGUACAGAGACAUGUUUGAUGCCCUUGCCGGAACACUGAUGAAGGCUGCGAUGAGUUCGACCACCCAUAGUUACCACGAGCAGGGACUACCAUUAUCGGAUCCAGCCUGCCGAACAACCAGCACCGGACUGCCGAUGAAAGAGGCUGUGUGCGACAUUCAGCAAGAGGCCCCUGGCGGCUGGCAGGCUGUCCGUAUGCUUGAUGAGAUGCUCGGCUAUGGUGGAGAUCAUCUGCCGGAGCAACAAUACUCGGACAUAGAGGCAGGCAUCCAGCCUGCCACUUUCUACUAUGACCAAGCGGUCGACUGGUCGCAGACAGGCGACCCGAUGUGGAGUUUGUACUGA